GUCGCUGCUGGCCGGCGCAUCCAUCCUCCCUCUCCCUUUCAUCGCAUCUCACUCUCCGUCCAGAACCGUCAUUCAACUCGCGAUGACACGCCCCUCCACGCUAGUCCUCGCCCUCGCGGCCAGCUUCGGCGCAAGCGGUGUUGCCGGACGCGAUGAGCCCCAUGUCCUGCGUCGGGCUUGUCCUGACUACACGUCUUACGCGUCCACCGGACAUGCCCCAUACAGCGGCGGCCCCCUGAACCUCCCCUUCCAACGACCCGCGGUAGAAUGUCGAACGUUCGCCUCGUCCGCAGUAGAACAGGUCAUUGACGAUGUCACCUCGCGCAUGGUAGACAAGGACCUGGCGCAGCUAUUCCGCAAUGCGUUCCCUAACACCUUGGACACGACCAUCCGUUGGCACACCAACGGCUCCACGACCUCCACGACCUCCAGGAAGAACAAGCGGGAUAACGCCCAGUGGCAGGGACCUCAGACCUUCGUGGUCACCGGUGACAUCAAUGCAGAGUGGCUGCGUGACUCGACGAACCAGCUAUCUGGCUACCAGCUCCUCGCAAAGAAGGACCCCGCUCUCUACAACCUGAUCCUGGGCGCCAUCAACACCCAGGCCGAGUUCGUCAUUCAGUCCCCCUACUGCAACGCCUUUCAGCCCCCAUCGCCCAGCGGCAUCCAACCAACCAACAACGGCCAGCAAGACACCGUCCACCCGGCAUACGAGCCCUCAGUAGUCUUCGAAUGUAAAUACGAACUCGACUCCCUCGCCAACUUCCUCGCCCUGGCCACCGACUUCUACGAAAACACUGGGUCAACCGAAUUCCUGACCAACCGAUGGUAUCUCGCCCUCAACACCCUCCUGAGCGUACUCGACGCGCAAUCCGCCCCAACCUUCAACAGCAAGCAGCAAUAUGUCCAGAACCAGUACACCUUCCAGCGCCAAACCACCCUCGGCACAGAAACCCUCAGUCUCGCAGGCAUCGGCAACCCCCUCAACCGAGGCACGGGUCUCAUCCGCAGCGCAUUCCGUCCCAGCGACGACGCAACCAUUCUGGGCUUCUUCAUCCCGCCCAACGCCAUGAUGUCCGUGCAGUUGAAUAAGACCGCAAGCAUCCUUCGCGCCGUAGGCGGACAGGACGAUCUCGCAUCUAAUCUCCAAUCCCGGAGUGAUAAACUCGCACAAGCCGUCCGCGAGCACGGCAUCGUCCAGCACCCCAAAUACGGCGACGUCUACGCCUUCGAGGUAGACGGGUACGGCUCGCGCAUUCUCAUGGACGACGCCAACGUCCCCUCUCUCCUCUCCCUCCCCCUCCUCGGCUUCCUCGACAAGAGCGAUCAGACUUAUCAAAACACCCGCACCAUGAUCCUCUCCGCCGAAGGCAACCCGUACUAUCUCACCGGAUCGGACUUCCAUGGCAUCGGCGGUCCUCACAUCGGCCUCCAAAACGCCUGGCCCAUGUCCCUCCUCGUGCAAGCCAUGACCUCAUCCUCCCAAGCCGAAAUCACCACCUCCAUCAACCUAGUCCGCAACUCGAGUCUGCUGGGUCUAGUCCACGAGUCCAUCAACGUCAACAAUAUCAAGGAUUACACCAGACCGUGGUUCGCGUGGGCGAACUCCGUCUUCGCGCAGACUAUCCUUAAGGUUGCGGCUGAAAACCCCGAUAUUAUCUUUGGGGAGGGCGCGGAGCCGUAUGUUGUUUCUUAGGGGGCUGGCUGGGCUGGCUGGCUUUCUUUCUUGGGGGGGUUCAGGGUUAUUUAUUGCCCGAACGAUCCUGAAAAGUGAGUGGUAUUGGUUGGGAGUAUAACUAUGGGUAGGUACAUGGGUACCGUGCUGUGCAGUGUGCAAUAUUAUAUACCCUUCGGCUUGGUUGUUCCUUUUUCGUUUGGUUUGGUUUGGUAGUUUGGUGAUACAGGAUAUUAUUCUGAUUGGUUAUCUUAUCUUUCCUGUUAGAAAGCUGAGAUCGUCUUUGAAUAGAAAAU